ACCAUGGUAAACGCAUUGGCACGAUCCAAAGAACCUCAAGCGAAUCUUGGUGAAAUAAAUUUAGUCAGAAUUCCAAUAUUUAAUGGAGAAAAUCAAAACCCUGUCGAAUGGUUAAGCCCUAGAGUAACAACCUUUGUACCUCCUGCAACAAGAAGCCCAGUGGCACAAAUAGCUACGUUAUUACAAGAAAUCGUUUCAACAGUAAAAAGUAAUAGUAACGAUAGCUAUCGGCCAAAAGGAACCCAAUCAACCACCUCCCAAAGUCAAGCUUUAGUCGACUUUGAAAACAGCGGUGCA